AUGGCUUACAAUCCCUACAACAACUCGUACCCAUACCCACAACCAAUGGGAUAUGCUCCACCACCAAUGGGAUAUGCUCCACCACCAGUCGUCCCAGUCAUGGCGCCAGUUCCAGUACCAAUUGCCACUCCAUACAUGGCUCCACCAAUGUACGGAGCUCCACCAGUCGUCGUGAUUGAGGAGCCAUAUCAUCAUCAUCACUGGAACCCAUUCCAUCAUCAUCAUCAUCAUUGCUAA